UGAUCAUAAUCUCCUCUGCUGCUGCGCUGAACACAGCCAAGAAGAAGAAGAAAAAGAAGAAGAAGAAGGAAUGGGGAACACAAAGAGUAGCACAUUGUCCAAGGAGCUCCUGGAGGAGCUGAAGUCCAACACCAAGUACUCUGAGGCCGAGUUGUGCAGCUGGUACCAGUCCUUCCUGAAGGAAUGUCCCGGUGGAAAGAUCAGCAAGGAGCAGUUUGAGGGCAUCUACGCCAGCUUCUUCCCCAACGCUGACCCCAGCGCCUACGCCAGACACGUCUUCAGGAGCUUCGACACCAACGCCGACGGCACCCUGGACUUCAAGGAGUACAUCGUGGCGCUGCACCUGACCUCGGGCGGUCGGACCCUGCAGAAGCUGGAGUGGGCCUUCGCCCUUUACGACGUGGACGGCAAUGGGACCAUCAGCAAGAGCGAAAUCCUGGAGAUUGUCAGGUCGAUUUUCAACAUGAUACCAGCUGAGGACCAGGAGAACCUUCCGGGAGAUGAAAACACGCCCGAAAAGAGAGCUGAAAAGAUCUGGGGCUUCUUCGGGAAGAAGGACAACGAUAAAAUUGCAGAGGGCGAGUUCAUCCAAGGCGUGAUGGACAACAAGGACAUCCUGCGUCUGAUCCAGUACGACGAGCCCCAGAAGAUCAAAGACAAGCUGAAGGAGAAGAAACACUAGGCUGCUGAUGUCUCCGCCUCCGUUUGUUGCCAUAGCGACAGCACAGGAAGUCUUGGCGCUUGACAUUUACACACAUCAGAACAAAAAUGCUAACCUUGUUUUCAGCUAAUUCUAAAGAAGUUAGCGGCAUCUCCCUUCACAAAAAUGAGGCUGGUUCUGUGCUGCCCCCUGGAUUGAUUUAUUGAUUGAAACUUUUAUUAGUAGAUUGCACAGUUCAGUACAUAUUCCAUACAAUUGACCACUAAAUGGUAACACCCGAAUGAGUUUUUCAACUUGUUUAAGUCGGGGUCCACGUUAAACAACUCAUGGUACAAAUACAUACUAUCAGCAUAAUACAGUCAUCACACAGGUUAAUCAUCAUAGUAUAUACAUUGAAUUAUUUACAUUAUUUACAAUCGGGGGGUGGGAUGAGGAGCUUUGGUUGAUAUCAGUACUUCAGUCAUCAACAAUUGCAUCAACAGAGAAAUGGACACUGAAACAGUGUAGGUCUCACUUAGUAGGAUAUGUACAGCCAGCAGAGAGCAUGGUGAGUUCAGAUAGCAUAAGAACAAGUAUAUACAUCAGAAAUACAUUGGGUUAUUUACAAUCUGGGGAGAUGGGAUGUGAAUGGAGGAGGGUAUUCGUAAAGGGUUGAAGUUUCCUGGAGGUGUUGUUUUAAAGCGGUUUGGAGGAGGAUAGAGAUGCACUUACUUUUACACCUGUUGGGAGUGCAUUCCACAUUGAUGUGGCAUAGAAAGAGAAUGAGUCAAGACCUUUGUUAGAUGGGAAUUUGGGUUUAACGUGGUUUGUGGAGCUCCUCCUGGUGUUGUGGUUAUGGCGGUCAUUUGUGUAAAGGAAGUAGUUUGACAUUAACUUUGGUAUCAGGGAGGUGUAGUGGAUUUUAUAGACUAAGCUCAGUGCAAGUUGUUUUACUCUGUCCUCCAACCUGAGCCAGCCCACUUUGGAUAAGUGGGUUGGAGUGAGGUGUGAUCUGGGGUUGAGGUCUAAAAGUAACCGAAGGCAUGGAGUAUAAACACAUCCAUGAUACAUCGGUCCCUCCAGGAAUUUGCCAUGUCGCCAUUGCACCAAUUCAUGCAAGUUAUGUGCUGCCUCGCAACUUUGUCCGUCUCCGUACAUUUUGGCUAAUCAACUUUGUCUCUGGGCGGGGCUCAAACGUGCGUCAACUGUCUAAACCAGACUUAAGUCUUUUUCUUGUGGAGAAGAAGCAACAUGUAACAAUACAUGAACGUAUGUUUAUUGAUCAAACCACACAAUUGUUGUAGGUCAGACCAAAAACAUCUUGUUCCUGAAACUGCGCUAAGCCUUCUUGGUAAUGUCGUAUACAAACAUGUACUUCCAAGUUUCAUGUAUGUAUAUUACUUACAUUAAUUUAUCCUCAUCUAAGACAAUCAAUCACACUUUUUCAUUUUCAUUUGAUUUACAUGUUAGAGAUGUUGAAGUGUGAUGAUAAUCUCUCGUCAUGUCUUAGUUACCGACAAAAAAUUAGCGCAACAGCUCACAAAUGUUCUUUGAGUUCGGGGUUAAAUGUGUUGGAAAAUAAAGAUGGACGAUCUAGUGUAAAAAAUAGACGGAGAAUGUCCGCAACUUAUGAAAAAUAAGGGAGUCUUUGGUAUUUUAAUCUGUAAUUAAUUGUUACUAUUACUUGUUAUAAUAAAUAAAAACAGCACAGUAAAUUGAUAAUGAGUUCUAAACAUUUUUUACUGCUAUCUACUUUUAAGUCUGUGUGCUUUAAAACUAAUAAAAAGUAUUUUUUUGACAACGUAUUUUAAAAUCACUUAAAACAUGAUAAAAGUUUGAUUAUGUGUUACUAAAAAAAAAAAAAAGUACCUUUUGCCGCAAAAGCUGCAGUGAAUUCUGGGAUUUCAUGCUGCAACGAUCAUGAUUAAAAAAAAACCCUGUAAAAACCUGGAGGGACUGAAUAAUAUGAGAGUAGUCUCUGUUGUGUUCCCAUCCCAGCAUGUUCACUCAGUAAAGAACAACAACAACACUGCGUUUCCUUUGCUACUUCACAAAGAAAAGAGCUCAGGUGACCAAAGUUAAUCCAAUAAUCAGAUCGAGGUCCAAACUAAGUGACGAUAAACAAUCCAAACAGAACUUCAUGCUGCUGCACACAAACCUCCCAGUCAACACAAGAAGUCGUCAGUGAAUAAAGUAUAAAAAGUCCACGUUGACACAGCAGCAAGAUGGAGGAAACAUGAGACCAAAGUGUUUUGGCAUUUGUUCAUUAACCCUCUUCAUGCUGUAAGAUACCAUUUAUUAAAGAGACAUUUCACCAAUUGUGUUUGUCAUCUACUCAAAGCUUUUGUUCAGAUAGGCAACAUACAUUACACAUGUAUUUAGUACGGGUGCAGAAAAAAAAAGAUUCACACCGAUACAUACAUAAAUAUAUGUUUAUAUACACACACAAACA